AUGUGGCCAAGGUGUUUGGCUGCCGCAUUACCUCUACUAUGGCUGAUAUUCAAUGGGAUACUACUCUAUGCGGAGGGUUUCAAGGUGAGAGUUGGGCAUAUUGGAGCAAUUGGAGUGAUGCCCAAGGCCGAUGACAUCUUGGCCAUGUGUAGAUCUGAGCUGUGGAGAGAAGGAAUUCUGAAUAAAAACUUUGAUAUCGAGUAAGAAAAGAGAAAAUAAAAAGUAUUUUAUAGAAUAUUAUCUCAAAUGGGGUGUGGAGAGUCGUACGAAGGAGUUGCUGUGGCUGCAGACAUGUAUCAUCAACAAAAUGUAAAAGUUUUUGUGGGUCCUUACUGUAAUGCAGGUAAGGGAAUUAAAAGUUUCUACUAUUGGAAUAGAAAUGGAUGCUGUAAGCAAAAUGUCUGCAUUCUGGAACAUCCCAAUCAUAGGAUACAUGGCUUCGAGCACCGCAUUCGCCGACAAGACCAUCUAUAAGACCAUGGCAAGAGUAUCGUUGAGGACAAUCAACUCGCUAGCACAGGCUACAUAUACCGUACUCAAACACUACGACUGGCACAAGGUACCGAGCAAUAAACAAGUGAGGAAAUUAAUCUUGUAGGUAGCAAUAGUCACAAAUGGAGGAGCGGUUGCCUUUGAGAGAGUCGCCGCUUUCGAGAAUGUCUUCCACAAGAAUAAUAUCAGAGUGCUCAGGAAAUUCAUGCUGGAAGAGAACUCAAACUCGAAACAGAUCAUUGCGUCUGGAGUUAUGGAUGAUAUCAAGGUUGCAGCUAGAGGUAAUAAAAGCAUCCACUCUUAUAUAACACAUCUACAGUAAUCAUUUGCAUCUUCUCGGCGACUCGCGAUAUGACAAAGGAAUUCAUGCAAGCCGCUAAAGAGAGCGCUCUUAAAACCAACGAAUUUGUAUUCAUUAUGCCCUGGCUUCAGGCCGAAGCAAAGGAUUUGUCGCCGUGGAUUACACCGGAAGGACAGACGUUACAAAAUGUGAAAGAUACAUUCGACAACACCAUCAUCGUAUGUGUAAUAACAAAAUGAAUUACACUUGUUCAGAUUGAUGAUGUCAAUGGAUUCGACAAUGCCUUACUGACUCCGUUCAAGGAACGAAUCGAAGCCAACGGACUAAACAUUAAUGAUUUGAAUUUGGUAAGCAACGAUAAAAUUCUAAAUCCACCGUUCAGCAAAAUGUAUACGGUUACAUUCAUCUCUACGACUCGCUUAAACUUUAUGCGCUUGCCGCAACAAAGGCAAUAAACGAGACAGAAGAUGUGAAAGUUACAACCAACGGUACUUACAUCUGGAAUACGAUGAGAAGGAUGACCUUCCCGGGCCUGGUAAGUGCCGAAGGGAUCUCUUCAGGCACCGUAAUCAUGGAUGAUCUGGCCGAAAGAGCUGCUGUCUAUGGAGGUAAUAGUCUUAUAAUUAUCUGGCUACAUAGUAUCUUCAGCAUUCUUUGUUAGCGCGAGACAAGAGAUCCCGAUGAGAAUGAUCGAGAUGAAUCCAUUGCUUAUUCAAAAUUGUGACGGUUUGAAAACGAAAACAGGAUGUAUGGAUCUGGUAAAUGUUAUUAAGAGAUCACAAUUACGUUCUGCAGAAAGUAAAAGAUCUAGCCACUGGAUUCUGGCCUUCUAUCGACGGGAAAAUGCCCCCAGACGAGCCUGUUUGUGGAUUCAGAAACGAGAAGUGCGACUAUACCCUGACGAUAAUCAUCGGCGCUUUGGCCUUGCUACUUAUUGUAGCAAUGUUCUGCAUGUUUAUUGUUUUCCGUGUUCUGUAAGAGAAGUCACCACAGGAUCCUAGAGAAAAUAUUUUCAGGGAAAACAAUUCCUUAUCCAAGAAUUCUUGGCGCAUCUUCCGUGAUGAUAUGAGAAUCGUAUCCACCGAGGAGAUGAAGUCGAUGGUACCGUCUAUGAGCUCUAUUAAGAAUAAAUGAUUUCAGCUUUCCAUAGGGAGUUCCAAGACAAAAUUGAGCAAUAUGAAUAGAUUCGCGAAGCACCAUGCCAUCGUCGGGACCAACACCCACGCCUCUUUCCAUGUGUACCCACAAAAAAGACCUAUACAAUUCUGCAGAGAAGAUCUCCAGCUUCUGACUAGUCUAAAGUUGGCUGUUCAUGAUAAUCUGAAUCCAUUUCUGGGCAUGUCUUUCAAUGAGAAGGAGGAGAUGCUCAUUCUAUGGAAGUUUUGUUCUCGGGGUACCGUACAAGAUAUAAUCUACAAUGAGGAAGUCGCCUUGGAUGAGAAGUUCCAUGCCGCGUUCGUUAGAGACAUCACUCUGGUAACCCUUCACACAGUACAUUAUAGUCCUUACAGGGUCUUGAAUAUCUUCAUCUCUCAGCCAUUGGAUACCACGGUUCUCUGACACCCUGGUCCUGCCUAAUUGAUCGAAACUGGAUGGUAAAGUUAACUGAUUACGGGGUUGCCAAUCCAAUCGAAAGAUGGGAAAAACAAGGAUCAAUAACUAAGGAGGAACUUAAGGAUGGAGAAGAACGAAGUGGCGCUCUGCAAGCAACUAGUAAGACCAAAUUAAACGAACCUAUAAUUUCAGACGACCUUUACCGUGCUCCUGAGAUGCUUCAGGUAGCUGAAGUCAACAAGCGAAGAGGAAUGGAACAGGCCUGGAAGAAACAAACGGCCAAUCGGCUACAAGCUGGAGAUGUUUAUGCCUUCGGAAUGGUCAUGUACGAGAUUUUAUUCCGAUCUCUGCCAUUCCCCGAGAACACAAACGUCUCCGAACUAUGUGAAUAUGUUAAAGAUGGAUCCAAAACAUUAAAACCAUCCAUCCAGGACAAGACCAAAGUCCAUCCAGAUCUUGCAUCAUUACUUCAGGAUUGUUGGAGUACCAAUCCCGAGAUCAGACCAAGCAUCAGAAGGGUCCGAUUGAACACAGAAAACUACUUGAAAGUGUAAGGAUAUUGCAAUAACCAGUGAUACCUAUACGAAACAUUACAGAAAAGGAAGUUUGGUGGAUCAGAUGAUGAGAAUGAUGGAACAAUAUGCAAAUAAUCUGGAAAAACUGGUGCAAGAGAGGACUGGAAUGCUUGAAGAGGCCAAUCAACGUGCCGAUAAACUUCUCAGUCAACUACUACCCGGGUAAACAUCCCAUACAUUUCUUACAAACACUUGCAGUUACGUGGCUAAUGAGCUAAAGAUGGGUCGGGCCGUCCCCCCGAAGACUUUCCGUCAAGCCAGUGUCUUCUUCAGUGAUAUUGUUGGUUUCACAACGCUGUGUUCCAACUCGACUCCACUGGAAGUGGUCACAAUGUUGAACAGUGUUUAUACUGGAUUUGAUGAUAUUAUCGCAAAAAAUAAGGUCUAUAAGGUGGAGACAAUCGGAGAUGCCUACAUGGUGGUGAGUGGGAUCCCUCAAGAGAAUGGCACAAGACAUUUGAUGAGUCUAAGUGACGUCUCCUUGGACAUAAUGCAAUAUCUUCGAGAUUUCGUGAUUCCCCAUCGAAAAGACAAACGAAUUGUCAUCAGAAUUGGGCUUCAUACCGGCCAAGUUGCCGCCGGUGUUGUUGGACUAACGGCUCCGAGAUAUUGUCUAUUUGGGGAUACUGUAAGAUAAGGGGAAUUUAUAACUACUCAUUUCCAUAGGUAAAUACAGCAUCUCGAAUGGAAUCUACUGGAUCUCCAGGUCGAAUUCAAGUCAGUGACGCCUUCAAAACAGGUCUUGAUCAAUAUUAUCCCGAAUUUGAGACCAUUCAGCGGGGCGAAGUCGAGAUAAAGGUACGAAAUAUCCAAUAAUAAAAGAAGACAUACCUUCAGGGCAAAGGGAAGAUGACAACUUAUUGGUUGGAGGGGAAGAGAAACCAAGAUACCGUUUCCCAGUACCUCUCCGUCAAUCAACAAAAAACCGAAUUGGGCAUCUGA